CAGUAUUUUUAUAUUUGUAUUUGUAUGAAGCGAACUAUAAAUAAAAUUGUCACAACACUAGUAUUUGCGCGUUGAUGCGUCACAAAAUAUCUCUGUGACGUAGCUGUUCCUAUACAAACGCCCUAGAAUGCAACGUCAUAAAUAUCCAACAAAGGAUAUUCAUAAAAGAUUUAAUGUUACGUCAUAAUUGCCACUUUAUGAUGUCAUUUAUCGAUUCCCAUUGUUCAAGUGGCGCUCUUAUUGUGACGUAGCAAUGUUGGGAUUGUCCAUGUUACAGUUGUAACAAUAGUGUUUAUGAUGAGGGUUGCAAAGUUGGCGAAGUCGUGCACCAAUAUUUGUUUGUGUUUUGUUUUGUUGUUGAUCUUGUAUUUGCUUAACCGGGAACCCUCCAAUAACGUCACUGGUGUGCGUGAUGACGUCAUCAACGAUUAUCAGUACUACAUGGGUGACGUGGGCGAUGUUGAUUCAUUAAUUUUAGACAAAGCUGAUGUUUCGGAGGAAACGGAGAAUUCAUUCCUCCGCAAGGGGGCAGCAGAGAGAAGGGAGUUGGCUGAUCAGGUGUUGGUCCUAGUGGUGGCUUCAGAUGAUCCGAAUCAAACGGUAGAUGGCGCUGGUGAGGCAGACGGUUUGGAGGCCCCUGUUAUGACGACUGGUCUCAAUGAUGACGUAGAUGUAUUACGUGACAAUGACGUCAUGAUAGGUAAUAUCGUGAUUGACAGGAGCGAAGACAUCGUUAGUAAGAUACAAAACGAAACAAUGGACAACCUGAACGAGGUGUUACAAGUGGGAGUUUCCCAGCUGGUGCAAAGCCAUCACAGAAACAACAUUUCAUCAACAUUUUACUCGAGGGAGGAGUUAUUACCGGUGUUGAAGAAACCACCAUCAAGUCGGGAUGAACCGGGAGAGUUCGGCCAUCCUUUUAUUAUUCCCCACAGAAUGGGCGCAAGUGUUGAACGGCAGGUCGAGGAAGGGUACCGACGUCAUGCGUUCAAUGUUUUGGUUAGUGACGUCAUAUCCGUACAUAGAAACUUGGGUGACAAGCGUGAAGACGUGUGCAAGGAUAAGCAAUACACGAGACCGCUCCCCACGAUGUCGGUUGUCAUUUGCUACAAAAACGAAGCUUUUUCCACAUUAAUACGAACCUUGUACAGCGUGUUGGAGAGUGUGCCUGCUGUUUUGCUUAAGGAAGUCAUUUUAAUUGAUGAUUUUAGCGGCAACGAUUUUACGGAAGCCGUCAUGAAAGAAAUCGAAGAGUUAAGUCUCGUAAAGUUGUCUCGUAACACUGAACACCUUGGGAUCGUUAAAUCUCGAAUAAAGGGAGCCAAGAUGGCGGCUGGUGACGUCAUUGCGUUUCUAGAUUCACACUGCGAAUGUUACGAGGGGUGGGCCGAACCCUUGUUGGACCGAAUAUCACGUGAUCGAACCGUGGUAGCUUUACCGGUGAUGGAAAUCAUCAAUCCGGAUAAUUUCAAAUUCACUAUGACGCCGAUGCAGAGAAUACAACGUGGGGGUUUUGAUUGGACGCUGACGUAUCGGUGGAUUCCCCCACACCGAGACCGUUUCCUUAACCCAACCAUGGAUAUGACGCAACCGGUGACGUCACCAACCAUGUCUGGGGGAGUGUUCGCUAUUGAAAGAAAGUUCUUUAACGAGAUGGGGAGUUAUGACGAUGGGAUGUCUGUGUGGGGAGGCGACAACCUGGAAAUGUCGUUCAGGAUUUGGAUGUGCGGCGGACGAAUAGAAAUUCUACCAUGCAAUCACGUGGGUCACGUGUUUUAAUCCAGAAGGCCCCAUGACGUACACAAUGACGUAGUACUACGUAAUAAACGAAGGGUCGCAGACGUGUGGUUGGACGAUUAUAUUUCAUUGUUCUUCAAGCGUACACCAGGGGCGUUAAAGGCUGAUUCGGGGAAUAUUACGUCACGAGUUCAAUUACGUCAUAAUCUUAAUUGUAAAUCGUUUUCAUGGUUCAUCGAGCAGGUCUAUCCCGAACUUUACGUUCCUGAGCUUCAUCCGAGGUUAAGUGGUGCUGUUUGCUGUAGAUUGGGUGAAACAUUAGAUAUUUGCCUUGACACCCAUUCUGAUGACGUCAUCCCGGGUCGUCCGCUGGGUGUCGAUAGAUACAGAUCAAGGCAACGAACCCAAUAUUUCGAAUUCACCAAACACAACGAGUUACGUCAUAAUAGCGUUCGUGACGUAUGCGUUGGUGUGACGUCAUCACACAAAGUUGAAAUACAAAGAUGUAAGUUUCCGUUUGACAACCACGAGACAGCGCCACCUAGCCAGCAGUGGGAAAUAUCAGAGAGCGGGAAGAUAACAAACAAAGAAACACAAUUAUGUUUGACCGCUUCCACCGCGAAAGUUUGGGUACAGGAUUGUGACGUCACAAACGUUCGACAGAAGUGGAAAUGGAAAUAGUUGAUGUUUGUUACGUCACAGUGGUGUGAAGGAUAUUCGUCGAUUACAAUUAAAUUAAAACAAUAAC